CUAGCCUGAACCCCAGCGCUUAGCGCACGAUGCGAGCGCCUAGAAUAGCAUCUCUGCACCACCACAUCCUCGAACCGACGACUCUCCAGUCAAUCACCUCUCUCCAAAUCCGCGAGCGCUUACUGUAGGUAUCAAUGACCUCAAAGCCCGCCAUCGUGGCGCCUCAGCGGUUGCCCAGACAGGGCGCCGACACGGCGGCUGGUGAAGAUGCCAAUACAUAUUGUCAGCCUACCAUCCCCCGCUUGUUGUUUCUUGGAUACAUCAACAAAAUCUCAUGAGACUGGCGACGCGUUACGAAUUUCCUUGAGUUUCUCUCCUUCAAUUUCCUUGUUCAUCUCGCUGCAGGUUCAGCGCUUCUUUGCACCAUCCCUCAUGUCUAGAUUCCUUAAUACUGUACAAUUAUGCUUAUGAGCCAUUUCCAAAGGCUAUGGAUCUCCUCAGUCUUUAUAAUAUUAACUUCGCCGAUGCUUGCGGCUCCUACUGUCGCUUCUACACCAAGCUCGCUCCCACAGGCGCUCCAACAAAACGUACCUCUUUGUGCACAGCAAUGUUUACAGGCUUCGCUGGACGAAAGAUUCCCUGUAGCAUGUUCUGGUCAGGAAAACCUCCAAUGUCUUUGUUCUCGUUAUAGUAAUGUUGGAGAGUCUUUGGGCGAAGUGGCUCUGGGCUGCAUAUACCUAUCGUGCCCAAUGGAGGAUACUCAAUCAUCACUCAGUUCGGCGUACGGAAUCUGUCUUGGACAGAAGGAUGCAGUUAUGCCGACGAAGAGUGUGCUUACCUACGUCGUCACUAGUGCGACUCACACCAUGUCUCCGUCCUCAAUCCAACCGACGGCAACGAAUACACCGAAGAUGACAUCUACUUUGCGGAUCCGAGAAAGCUCUACACAGUCCGCUUUCGCCGAUACCGUCCCAUCAAUACCAUCUGCCACAUCAUCGGCAACAUCUACAUCGGUCCCAGUCACUGUGGCAGCAGGAGCUCCUCCUAGAAUGACACCCGCACAGAUUGCCGGACUAUCAGUGGCCGCAGUGGCAGCUUUCGUCAUGGCCAUUGGACUCAUGGCGCUAAGUGUGUGCUUGCGCAGGCGAAAAGAGCGACGGGUGGUUUUCGAUACAGACGAAAAGGGCAAGCAGCUUUCUACACGCUUCUCGCACUAUGUCCCAGUAGAGAAUGUUCUUGAGUCACCAAAGCAAUUUCCUCUGGUGCCCCCACGAGCUCUUCGCAGAGGCAGCAAGCAACAUCCAGCACGUCCAGCGCAGCGUCUGGGCGUAGGGACUUCCAACAGUUCUUCGAACUCCUCAUUGCCGCUCGACCAGAUAGGUCUAGCCAUCAGCGCCGAGCUGGAUGGAAAACCAUUGGUACCUAACAACGCCUCAAAAGCCCCAAUUGCACAUCAACGAGCGCCUACCACAACUCAGGCACCCCUUAGGCCUGUGAGUACGAUAACUCAGGAGACAGUCUUCGAAGAGGACGAGACUUCAUCGCACCGAAGAUCUUCAAUGCUAUUGCCCACGCCUCCGGUCCCAAUUCCCCCUAUCCGUGCUCUACAGCCCUCCAGGCCUAUGCCAAACUUUACUGCCAACAAUCGUCCAACCGGCCGCCGAUCCGAGCUGUUUAUCGAUAUUCCUGUCCGCCAUGAGAGACCUCAGCCAAAGCGCAUUGUGGCGGGAGGGGUAGCCUCACAUGGCUCACCACAGCCACCUCGUCCCGAGCACGCAAUACGCCCACGCCUGGCGCCGCCCUUCCAGAUGGCCUCUACGGCCACCUCUUAUGAAUCCAAGGCUACGACUGCUAGCUCACGAGAUGCGAGCACGUCUGGGGAUAUCAUCGACUACUACUUUUCCAGUCAUCAGAGCCGAGAGCCAACACCCAAAGCCAGCCCAGCGCGUGUCAUCCGACCAACAGAGUCACCAAAAACUGUGCAGAUCAAGCCCAAGAAGUCACACAGCAGCACAUUGUCACGCUCUACCUCGCGUAAUUCCACAAACUUGCGCGACUCUCUGGCAAGUCAAACAUCUUUCGAGACAACGAACGGCAAUGAGUCGACGCCUGAAGACGAGGACGAGGACAAGCAGCUAUCUGAUGAGAGCGCUAGCAACAAACAACAGCUAUCUCCUGUAGCUGAGUCACCAAUCUCCAAGCUUCGAUACCCAAAGGUGCCGCGGGCGUCGAAUCAGCUUGUGCCGCGUAGUCCAAAGAGCUCACCACAGCAGCAGAACUUCAGAAGUCCACGCAGAGGUCCAGAUCCAUCGAUGCUUCUUCAGAAACGCAACAAUGCUCUCCCUCCGCUCUUACUAGAGUCUCGACCUAGAUUGAACAGUCCUCAUCGAGACCCCUUCACGUCCCCACCGCGCGUCACUAGUCCCCCGCGCAAAGUUCGUUCUCAUGUGCGCAGCAAUAGCACUGAGUCGUGGAGUACGACACCUGCGUCGAAAACGGGUAUCGAUCGGAAGAGUCGCGUGCAAAGCGGCACAUGGGGUAGAAGCCCAGUCAUGUAUGAAGAAGAUUUUGUAAAGCCGUUGAAUGUGAGAAGGAAGAGAGACGAGAUGUCUGAGUUGAACAUCGGCAGAGAUGUGGAUGUGGACUUUGACCGGGAUGGGUUGAAGAGUCCGGUGUGGGUGCCCCGACUAACGCCGAGAAAGAAGGGUGAGGAUUUAUUCCUGGAGGUAGGGUGGGGUGAUGGGGUGCGAAGAUGAUGUUCAAUUCUUGACUACAUAAACCUUUUCUUGUGUAUAGAUUUUCUUAAUGGAGGAAAGGGACGGCAGGAAGGGUGGAGGAACCAGACACGACUGUCAUUCUCAUUGCAUGUUGUAUAGUACGAGAUAGAUACCCACAGCGCUCAUUUGUUUGUUUACGUAGGUUGAAAAUGUAAAUGGAGAU